AUGGCAUGCAACGUCACCGAGUUCACGAAGCGCGGGCGCCAUGUGAGCAAUGCGGAGGAGGAGGAGGAGGAGGAGGAGGAGGAGGAGGAGGAGCUUUGGCUGCCUGUGCUCGUUGUCACGCCACCCGUGCAAGGGCUCGAGGAUAUGUUCAUCGCUGAGGGGCAUCUGUGCGAGCGACUCUUUCCUCGUAUCGUGCACAUCAAGAAGGAGACCGAACACGAGUCCUUGCCAUCACCUACUGCCCCCAAUGUGCACGCCCUCGUCGCUCAUCGGCUUUGCGCGCUGCCGGACGACCCCCACGCUCGGGGAUGGGAAGGGCAAACUACCAUCUCCGUGUCGGCUCAAUCUCAACCACCGCUGGUGGGGUGGUCCCCUCCAACCACGAUAAUACCGAGCGCAACCACGUUGGUGCCGCUCAUGCCGUUGACGCUUGCGCGGCCGCUGUACGCGUGCGAGAAGUCGGCUUUCCGCAUGCCGUUUGAGGCGUUGUAUAACAUCCUCGCGUCGGACACACGCACGUUUGAGGACCGACGGCGCGAGCAGCUGCAGAAGUCGGCCAUGCUCACGCAGGCACUGCAGCGUCAGCGGGAGCACAUCGACGAGCUCACCGCCGCCGCGGUCAAGUGCUGGCUGGGGCCCCUUCCGCUUCGUCCCCAGCGUUCUCUGACACGUCUCGUCUCGUAG